GAUGGCGGACCGGAUGCAGCAUGUUUUCUGUUAGCUUCGUCUGCAUACUUUACCUUCCAACUCAAUUCUAUGUGAUCGUAUGAAUCUCUAAUACACCAUACUGACGCUCUAACCAUAAAGUGCUCCGGAAACUGCAGCAUGAAGACGAAGAAGAAGCUCUCUUCAGCCCGCAGUAGCUCGGAGAUUGAAGACCACGAUGAUGCUAAGAUGGAGGUCUCUACCGAGAGCUCCAAAAGGAAAGAGCCUUUGUCAGCAGCGAGGAACCCACCAGCAACUAAAAAGAAGGACACUGACUCAGAGAAAGAUGUCCAGCAGCUGUUAGUGAGUAAAGAAGAGCUUCCACCUGAGCAGCAGGAGUGGAGCCACAUUCUGGACCAGGAGGACACUAAGCCCCAACACAUUAAAGAAGAACAUGAGGAACUGUGGAUCAGUCAGGAGGAAGAACAGCUUCAAGGACUGGAGGAGGCUGAUACCACCAGGUUCCCCUUCACUCCUGUCUCUGUGAAGAGUGAAGAUGAUGAAGAGAAACCUCAGUCCUCACAGCUUCAUCAGAGACAAACUGAACAGAUGGAAACAGGAGUUGAUGGAGAGGACUGUGGAGGAGCAGAACCAGAGAGGUACUCAGAUCCAGAGAGACGUUUACAACCAGAGAUUGAGGUCAAGAUUGAAGACUCUGAUGAAGCUGAGACUGAUGACAGUGAUGACUGGCAAGAUACAAGAGAAGAUCUGUCAGAAUUAAACUUGAAAAAUAAGAAACUAAAGAAUAGUAAGAGACCACAUAGGUGCUCGGAUUGCGGUAAAAGAUUUAACCGAAAAGAGCAUCUGACCAGUCACAUGAUGAUUCACACAGGAGAGAAACCCUUCAGCUGCUCUGAGUGUGAGAAAAAAUUUACCCAAAAAGGGUCUCUGACCAGACAUAUGUUAGUUCACACAGGAGAGAAACCCUACACCUGCUCUGAGUGUGGUAAGAGUGUAUCCCAAAGUGGAGGUCUGGCCACACACAUGUUAGUUCACACUAGAGAGAGACCAUUCAGUUGCUCUCAAUGUGGAAAACGAUUUAGAGAAAAGGGGACUCUGAAGAGACACAUUAAAGUUCACACUGGGGAGAAAGCCUUCAGUUGCUCUGUUUGCAGUAAAGGUUUUACCCUAAGAAGAAGUCUGACCACACACAUGUUAGUUCACACAAGACAGAAACCCUUCAGUUGCUCUAUUUGCAGUAAAGCAUUUCAUCAAAAAGCAGCCAUAACCCAACACAUGUUAGUUCACACAGGAGAGAAAGCCUUCAGCUGCUCUGGGUGUGGUAAAAGGUUUAGUUCUAAGGGAGAACUGACCAAACACAUAAUGAUUCACUCUGGAGAGAAACCCUUCAGCUGCUCUGUUUGCAGUAAAAGUUUUACCCGAAGAGAUAGUCUAGUCACACACAUGUUAGUUCACACUGGAGAGAAACCCUUCAGUUGCUCUAUUUGCAGGAAAAGUUGCACCCAGAGAGGAAGUCUGACUAGACACAUGUUAGUUCAUACAGGAGAGAAAGCUUUCAGCUGCUCUGAUUGUGGUAAAAGGUUUAGUUCUAAGGGGGAAGUCACAAAACACAUGAUGAUUCACUCUGGAGAGAAACCCUUCAGCUGCUCUGUUUGCAGUAAAAGUUUUACCCGAAGAGAUAGUCUGACCAGACACGUUAGUUCACACAGGAGAGAAAGCCUUCAGCUGCUCUGGAUGCGGUAAAAGGUUUAGUUCUAAGGGAGAACAAAAGUGAUGAUUCACACUGGAGAGAAACCCUGUUUGCAGUAAAAGUUUUACCUGAAGAGAUAGUCUGGCCACACGUUAGAUCCCACAUGAGACAGCCUUCAGCUGCUCUGAAUGUGGAAAACGAUUUAGAAAAAAAUGGGACUCUUAAGAUACACAGAUAUGCAAUCUGCUCCUCUCAACGUGAAAAAAAGAUUUACCCAUAAGUCUAGUUUGACAUAUCACAUGGCAAUUCACAGAGAGAACCCCUUCAGCUGCUCUGAGUGUGGCAAAAGGUUUUGUUCUAAGGGAAAUCUGACCUGGCACACGUUAGUUCACACAGGAGAGAAACCCUUCAGCUGCUAUGUUUGCAGAAAUGUUUUUACCUGAAGAGAAACUGUGGCCACACACGUUAGUUCACACUUAUCUCCCCUCUAAAUUAGACAAAAGAACACAAAACACACUUUGUAAUAACCGUUAGAAAAUAGCUCAAUGCUAUAUACUAGGACUCCUGCUCAUAAAUUCAACAUAUGACCACUUACGCUGCACUGCUGUUCAGUCUUUCUCCCAGCGUGGCAGCUAACACACAAACACGACACAUUUUCCUCAAUCUACAAAAAUCAUCAUGAAUACACAAUCAUUGUUCAUCAGCCUUACUCUGUAAACUUAAAUAUAAAUAUUGAUGUUAUCUUUAUCUCUUAUUUUGAAGGUUAAUACUUCUAUAACAAGAAUAAAGAGAUGAACUGAAAGAGGACAGCCUUGUUUAAUCCAUUCAUUUCUAAAUCUUUGAUGAUAUCUCGCAUUUUGAAGGUUACCCAUUUAAUAAAA